AUUACAGUGGACUUCUGCCACUUGUCCCUCCUUGUUCUCCCUUAGCCUCACUGUUAUACAUGCCUCGACUCCGAAAUGUCCAGCAGAAGUGACCCUAAAGUUCACAGUGUCACGUCUGACCUGCAAAGCACUAAAAUCACGGACAGGACGAAGGGAUUGAAGAGAUGUCGCGAGCUGAUCGCUGAAGGCAGGAUCUCAGUGGAUGCUGAAUCCUCCUCUUCUCUCAUAGGUGCUAUUCUCCAGAGCAUAGAAGCCGAUGUUGCCAAAAUCCGGGAGUCAAAGACCCAGGAUUUGAAAUCACCAGAAAGGAUUAAGAGUGCUGCCAACUGUCUACGAGAUAUCGUCGGGAAAAGCGCGCGUAUCCUCUCUCCAAAACACUUUCCCAAGUGGCAUACGAGGAUCCGUCUCGUCCUCACGCGUCUUUCCGACGCUCCUGUCCUCGACCUCAUGAAGGCGUACCGCUUCUUUCUUGAAUGCGAACCGAUAAUCCAGGGGAAAUAUCUGACGGAGAAAGUGUGGGUCGAGUUAGCGGAAAUGUGCUUCAAUGUCGUUUUGUCCGAUGAUAUGAAACGCAAGUUCGCAGACGAUGUGCAGGGUGACGAAUCGGAGGUGCAGAGUUCGGAUGCCGCGAUGGAAAGUGAAGACUCGAGCCUUUCUCUGUCAUCCUCUCCUUCCAAGAAGCGAAAACGCGUCCAUUCGCGUCCGCAUCGAACGCACAAGCUGAAGCCGGUCAAAGUUUGCCGCAAAGAGUUACCAACCGGGGCUCAAAACGAAGCCAUGGUCGUUCUCUCCAUUCUACUUCAUUCCCCCCAUGCGCCAUUGUCUGUGAAUCAAGUCACCGGGGACGACGACCGCUAUGCCGUGUCGUAUGCCCAUGUUCCGAGUUCAGUUCUGACUCGUUUCGGGCGCGCUCUCGAGUGCUAUGCAGUCGACGCUUCUCUUUACUACGACAUGCUGACGGCAAUUCUUUCCACCCUCGAUCACGUGGCACUCAAUCGUCCCACCGAGGUGACGCGUUUCUCGUUCGAGAACUGGGCUUUGCUAGUCCAGGCGUGGAGAACCAAGAAGACAAAUAUUGGCGAAUCGCUCAUUUCGGUGCUCCGCACUCUAUUUCCUUAUCUAACUCACCAAGACCCAAAGGAUGUAUCCUUCCCUUGGAUUGAUGAUAUAUCCACUUUACUCAAGACGCUGGAUUUCGAGGUGGUCAACAGAGGAUCAGAAGGGUUGUUUCUGGAGUGUUUGCGUCUUGAGAUCGUUGAUUGCGGCGCGUUUCGUCCUCUUGGCGCGUUUACCAGUUGGACCCUACGGUCUGGUCACAAUUUCGAUGCCGCACAGGCUCUUUCAUGGGCUGUCCUGGAGUUUCAGGCAGAUUGCGUUCAGAAGAUUUAUGAACAUUCGGAGACAUACAUGAACCCUGGAACGAAACGCUCUAGGCAGGAGAAUGCACUUCUUCUGCUUCUAGAUCCAGGUCUCCAGCCCAACGUGCGCGCCCACCAGCUGCAAGUUCUCCUCUUUUUCAUCGAGCGACACUGGAGCGUUGUUCAUGUCGACAAUCGAAAAGAGGUGUUUGGCAGACUGCUCCGCACGCAUGCAUCCGACCCACCUUUGAUCCAGUCUUGGACGCUGCUGUGUCUCACGGCAAUCGCACAUGCCGACAUGCGGGCACCGAACCCCGAUACGCGGACGUACCAGCCAGAUUGGGACAGAGUUUGGUCUCAUGCCUUGCGUGGAGUCCGGACAGCGGCGAUCUCUCGCGCGGCUUGCCACGCCGCAUUUGUCCUCAACUCUGCCCCAUCAUUGGUCUCUGCACGGCAUUUGGCAGAUGGAAUCCAAACCCUCGCAAAGGAACUGGAGAUCCAGGGGCCCCCUUUCCCUUACGAUUCGGUCUGCGCUUUUCUCUCCCAGUCGAUUCAAUUCGCUAGGCAGGACGCGCGGAUUCAUCGGAUGCAUCUGGAGGACAAGGUUCUCACGUGGUUGAUUCAGUCCUGGCCCAAGCCCCGGGGUGUGAUCUUGCCCCAGUCCCUGCUCCAGGACGCCCAGCUUCUCUUGCAGACGAUAUGCGGCAUGCGCGAGCGGACGCACGUGUCCUGCCGUCCUUUGCUGCCCGAUUGCGUCAUCGUCCGAGCUUUGAUUAGUCUCGAGAAGACGAGGGUUGUGCGCGAGUACAUAUUGGACGCUGUUUUGCCUGCCGUGCCACGUGAACGCACAGUCCGCCCCUCGCAGGCUAUUGACGGCGAGGAUCUCGCUGAGGAGACGCCUCGAGAACAGCGACUAUCCAGGUUUCUGAUUGAUCGAUUGGGUGAUCUCAUGUGGGACUGGGAAUCUGCUAGUGCACCCCGAACACAUCUCAACGCUGGUUCAGCUCGCUACGCGCUUGACUUCGCAGUCAUAGCCCUGUGCUUUGAGGCCGCGCUGGGGCUGAAUGGGACACGACCGAAUCGUCCUGUGAUUCAGGCUGCCUGUAAGCUGUCAACCACAGUCACAUCUCUACUUGCCACGGACAGCAAAUACCCACUGGCCGAUGUUGCGCAGAUAAUGCUUAGCCUCGAGCCCCUGCUAACCACCACGGGACGAGACGAGGACGCCAAUGCGUUCCCCCUUGCCAUGCUGACUCCCACCGUUGGCUCUGGAAUCAAGACUGAGAUUCUGGAGCGUCUCGGCCUAAAUCACGACAGCGUCAAACAGCAGGCGGCAGCUAGGAAACAAGAGCUGAUCAGACAGCUUGCCCUCAGCACCGAUGUGCAAGACGCCUUUGGGACCAUUGCUGGCACGUUACGAACCGUCCUGGAGCAGAUUUUGAAGGGUUCAGGUGCGGCCUCUGAGCCAAUGGAUCCCGAGAACUUCUUCCCGGACACCUCGAUCAGAGCCGAUAAACAUCUCACUCCCGCUGUGCGCACCGUGCAAGAGCUUUGCAUAGGCUUUCUUGCCAUGAAUGGUGGCCUGCUGUUGCCAGCCAAUGAUCCGGUCUUCGACAAACAGCUUACCGAGGUUGUACUGCUUCAUGGCCAGAAGGAUCUCGACGACAUCCACCUCGAGGCUAUGCGCACCUUCCUCUGUUAUGUCCGCCACGGAGACCUGGACCUGUACCCCAGGUUCAUGGAAACGGCGCAAUACAUCUCAGGGUUGUCCAAGUCUCGCACCAUCAAGUGCAGGGAGGCCUUUCACCUGCUUCUUAUACAGUUCAUCGAAGCGACACUGCCCAUCUGGACCCGUAAGGCCGCUGUUCCCAAAGCCGCCGUAGACAUCCUCAACUUCAUCGCGCACGAGGAUGAUCUGUUCCUGUCGUGGAGAGCUCGCGAUGCUCAAAUCCAGUUUUGCGCGCGCUAUCUCGCUGCGGACCCCAGUUCGACCAUCUGGAAAACAUAUGUGGACCACCCGGAGGAUGAUGAGAACGACAGUGACGAUGAAGGCGACGAUCCCGAGGCGUGGAAUCCGAUCGGGAUGCUUCGGACGGGAACAGACGACCACGAUGUCCGUGUGCGUUUCCGCGCGGCUCUCUUGGUUCCUGAUCUCUUUGCUGUUUCGCGUGCUGGCUCGGAACCCAUCGCGGGGCUAUACGAGGCGAUCGGAAGGAUGCUGCCACGACUGGGAUCCAGUCGUGAAAAGAUUUUGACGCGUCUUCUAACGGAGGGCAACAUCGCGAUCGUUGAUUCUGCGACGCGCCGUUCAGGGUAUUACCACAUUCUCGAACCUUCCUUCGUUGAUCCUACUCUUUCGCGACACACCGAGAGGAUCCUUCGAUGCGUUGCGCAGCGCCUGGGCUUCCCGAGCUUCCGCGGUCUGUUCGACGCCUAUGUGUCCCAGAUAGUGUUCUCCAUCCGGCUGCUAUGCCCUGCCAACCUGCUCAAACUCCCCGUACAAUUACUUGGGUACGAGCACCGGACCAUCUACACCGCGCAUUUCCGCACCUUCGGAUACAUGAUCCUUGCCAUGGACAGCCAGACGGGCGACGGCUCAAGCCAGUUUCGCGCGCUCUGUACACAUGUUGGCAAGGAUCCCGCUGUGGGCAUCCAGGAAUGUUUCGCAGACGUGACCGGAUUCUGCAUCCUGUCGUUUCUGAAAGGCACCGUCGCCGAAGACAUGAGCGCUCAAGCCGCUGCCGCUGCUUCCGGUGCGCUCAUGCCAGAGGCACCGAGCGUAGCAGAGGAUGCCUUGCGAGAGCUUCUCUUGCGUUGGACUUCCGAUCCCCCGAAUUUUGACGAGUUGCUCGAGAACACGGUCGAUGGCACACUUGCUUUCAUCUUGCACUCUCUGGGCGACCAUGAUCCCGCUGUGAUCCGGAGAGCGCUGCAGCGAGAGGAGCCGGUGUCCACGUAUUCGACCGUGUUUUCGGCGCUGGUGAAGUACCAGGAGCAGGCUACAGAGAUCUACUCUGACAGGAAUCCAAGUUUUCCCGCAUCAGGGCUGUUGCUUGCCAUGCAAAGCCUGUCGCAAUUGGUGAAUGAGCGGGAUCGCAGAGCAACCGUUUAUCAUGUGACACAACAGCUUUUUGCGGAUAUCCUGCGCUCUCCGCUUUUGGACCAGCAGUUCCGGUUGCUGAACGCCCUUUGCUUGUGGAUCGCCGUUCGAUGGCCAGAUUUCCACGACUCCACUUUGCUACACCGCUUAGUCUGUGGCGCCGCAUCGCUGUUGGCACAGAGAGAUCUAUCCCGCCGAGCUCAGUCUAUCUUAGAAUGGGCAUUCAAGCAGUAUCCUCAGGUCGAGCAAGGCCAUCGUCGACUGCCGGAUAUUCUCUUGCGAGUCAGCUCAAUCGUUGACGAUUUUACCCGCCAGCCCGCAUCGCAAGAGCUGGGUGCCAGUCUACGCACCUGGGUCGACGAACAGGUCUCUGAGCUAUACGAUGUUGCGGAACUGACUGAGCAUAUCGUGAGGGCGCUCUCAGCCUGGCCCUGGAGCCACGAUCGCCACGACGCAAGCACGCUUGCGACACUCUCAGACAUCCUCGGCGAUUCAUCCAUCGUGUCGAAUCGGUUCCGCCUGGUGCGCCGACUACAAGCACUGUCGUCUCAGGCCGUCGACCCGGAUGCCCACGCUCAAUUUGCCGACAUCGAUUUCUGGCGGCUCAAGGAAUCCAUUCUGCCGCGCGAUCAGCUGCAGAUCCAGGACGUGGAGGCGUUUGCAACUCUGCUGGAGACGCGCGAGGGCCGCAUCAGCAGCUUUCCGAGGGAGCAGUCCCGGUUCCACGGCAAGCGUCGCGACGGAACGUCCAAAGCGAUUGAUUGGAUCGUCACCGAGCUGCUGCUGAUGCUCGAUGCGAGCGACAUCUCGACGGUCCAUGUCGCCUACCGCACCCUUCGUUUGGUCAUGUCUGUGGAUCCCACCCACGCCCUGGAGCUGUCUCCUGACCAUCACCGGGAGAUCGAGUUAAUCAAGACAUACCGGUGUGUGCCCCUGGUGCGGAUGCCCCGCUCACUGGAAGAGCUGCAUGAUCCUGAAAGUGCUCUCGUUGGUGCCGAGAGCGACUUUCCCCAUUGGGUUCGAUUGGUGGCGACACUAUUAAGCGAUAUACUCUCUGUCCAUGAGCCGUUUUACGCUCAGCUGACACUGAUCCUCGAGGCAGAUUCCGCAUUCACUGCCAAAGUGUUGCCGGUCUUGGUCCAUGCUGUGCUUCAAAUCGAUCCUGCCAGCCGAGAGCCACUCUCGAUUUUCCUCAGAAAUGUUCUCCAGUCUGCGGCGGCGAGUCUCGAAUGCACACGUUGCAUCGUCGAUAUCGUGCUCUAUCUGCGCCAAUUCGGACAGAAUCUGGGCAAGAGAGAUCUGUCGCACGACAAAUGGCUCGCCAUCGACUACAUGCUGUUGGCAGAGAAGGCGAUCCAGUGCGGUGCCUACACGACUGCGCUGCUCUUCAUCGAACUCGCCCACGAAUACUCGCCGCAAAUCCAGGAGUCUGCCGAGGAGGAGCUGUUGUACGAGAUCUACAGCCAUAUCGACGAGCCGGACGGCUUUUACGCAGUCAAGUCACGCGAUACAAGCCGGCUGCUCGUGAAACGGUUUCAUCACGAGCAUCAGUGGGACAAGGCUUUCCAUUUCCACGGCGCCUCUUUCACGAGCGGCGUUCCCGAUGAAACUGCAGCGUCGGGACUGGUGAACUCGUUCCAUGCCUUUGGGUUUGACGGGCUAGCGAUGGACGCGUUAUACAAGUACUCUCCGUCGUCAGAGCUGACACCCUUGACGUAUCGGCUCGGUUGGCGCACCGAGAGCUGGGAUCUUCCUGACAGUACUGCAUCGGGGGGCGGUGGCUCACUCUACCGUGCCUUGCGGGCAGUGUUCGCCGGCCGAAACAAAGAUGCGAUUAAAGCCACAAUUCAGGCUUCGUUCCUCGAGGAAAUCGAACGUCUCCGGGUUCUUGGGUCCGAGAACCUCACUGGAAUUCGAGAUGCUGCCCAGAACCUGAUGUGCAUCCAGCAAGUCUCGCGAUACGCGAUGACCGACAUCGCGGACAGAUCGAGCCAGUGGGUGUCGUUUGCGACUCUCGGGAGCGGAUUCGAGUUUCCUGACUUUGAGAAUCUGAUGGCUACGCGGUUAGCACUGGUCCGCGCGGACAAAAGAAGAGAAGAAACGCGCAAUGGGGCGUCGCCGAUUUUGCGGUCGCUUUUGGACGUAGAGAAACAAUGUCUGAUCCGGCUAUCUCAAGCCGCGCGAGAGGCACAGCAGAGCCAAAUCGCGCUCAACUCGAUAGAGACCGCACGGCGAGACGACUCCGUUCCUGAACCAAUCGAGGUGUCCGUCGAGUAUGCACAUGUUCUGCACAUGCAGAACGAGCAGCAGCUUGCUGUUAAAUUGCUGACUGAUCUGAACCUUGCCGAAUCACAGCUCGACGACGCGGAUAAAGCUGUCAAUUUCGCAUGCCUGGGCACGUGGUUGUCGGCUGCCCGAUUGGGUGACCCUACCAACAUCGCCGAGUACUUUGAUUCGGCGGCGCUGUACGUCAAGCAGUCUCCGGACCCAGAGUCACGUGUAAAGCAUGCCUUUGUGUGCGAGAAAUACGCCACUUUUGCAGCCCAGCAGUACAAGACGAUCAGGAGUUCCUCCGAUGGGAUACGGUGGCAAGUGUAUGUCGACCGGAAGAGGGAGCAGCUCAAACACCUCGCCAAACAAGGCCAGCUCAAUCUCGUCCCUUCGACCGAGCGACUGUACCAGAUAGAUUUGGCCCAUCUCAACAAACACGCCGAUGCAUUGCAGAUGUUCCUCGCCCAGGCGAUUGAGAUGUACUCCAGAGCCUUGGAGAUUUCGGAUGACUUUGACGGAGACGCGCCCAUCCGGCUGUGCUCGCUGUGGUUCCAGAACUUCAAUUCCACGUCGGAUGCUUUCCAGCAAGUCAUCCAGUCGGCACUCAAACGCGUUCCGUCUCGCAAACUGGUUUUUCUUGCGCACCAACUGUCGGCGCGCAUCGACAAGUCGUCAGACCCGACUCAGAAGACGCUUCAGAGCACGGUGCUGAAGAUGUGCGUCGAGCAUCCAUUCCACAGCUUUUACCAGGUCUGGUCUCUACUCCCCGCCACCGAGCAAGCAGGUUCUCUCUCGGAAAACCGCCGACAAUCUGGCCGAUCUGCUGCUGCCACCGAGUUCACAUCACGGAGCGAAGCUUCCAGCGAACUUUUCGCGCGACUAAAACAGGACAAGCAGUGCCGGAAACGGGUCCUGGAUAUGGCCCUGCUCGCAUCGGCUUCUCAGCAGUGGGCAUUACACAAGCUCGACAAGAAUCAUGUGUCUGGAAAGUACAGGCCUAUACCGGCUUCCAUCAAGCUGCAGUCCAUUGCCAACCUGAACGUGCCCGUGCUGACAAACCCGCCCGCGGUGGAUCCGUCUCUCAAGUAUACGAGUUUCGUUGCAGUCGGCAAGUUCGAUACGCAAUAUACCACGGCGGGUGGUGUCAAUCUUCCCAAGAUCUACAUCUGUUUGGGAUCGGAUGGCGCUACAUACAAGCAGCUGUUCAAAGGAUCCGGGACACAAGAUGAUCUGCGCCAAGAUGCAGUGAUGGAGCAGGUGUUCACUCUCGUCAACACUGUCCUCGCCGGAAACCGGGAGACCAAGCGCCGCUCGCUACUGGUCAGAGGCUAUCGGAUCGUUCCGCUCGGUGCCAUGGCCGGCGUCCUGGAAUUCGUGUUCGACACGAUCCCUUACCUGUCAUUGGUGAAAAACCUGUACCGGGACUACACCCCCAGCGGGAGCUGGACACUCGCGAAAGCAACUGCCGAGGUGUUCCGAUGGAAGACCGAGAAGAUUGGCGCGCAGGCGAGAGUGCCGUUAAUGGAGCAAUUGCUCCGCAAUUUCCGACCCGUGCUGCGACACUAUUUUACCGAGCAGCACAAGAACCCAUUGGCGUGGUUCGAGAUGCGUCUGGCGUAUACGCGCAGUGUUGCGACUACGUCGAUCGUCGGACAUAUCCUCGGGCUCGGGGAUCGCCAUGGAUCGAACAUCCUUGUGUCGAAGACGGGCGAGGUGGUUCACAUUGAUCUCGGCAUUGCCUUUGAUCAGGGCACGUUCUUGCCUGUCCCAGAGCUGGUGCCGUUCCGGCUGACAGCGAAUAUGGUUGAUGGCAUGGGUGUCUCCGGCACCGACGGGGUGUUCCAGAGAUGCUGCGAGGAGACCCUGCGAGUGCUCCGCGACCGAUCGGAGGUUAUUAUGACCGUUCUGGAAGUGUUCAAGCAUGAUCCGCUCCACAGCUGGACAAUGAGUGACUAUAAGAAGAACAAGGCACAGCAGCCGCCCGAUGAAGGAACCCUCAAAUCUACUGUCGCACUCCAAGGUCUUGGGAUUGACAUCGAUAUGUCCAGCGGGAACGCAGCCGAAUCGGCAGACCGGGCGCUGGCCGGUGUGACCCGGAAACUUGACAAAUCGCUGGCUGUCGGAUCUAUGGUCAACAGUCUCAUAGCCCAAGCAACCGACCCCGCUCGACUCGCCUCCAUUUAUUAUGGAUGGGGACCACAGAACUAGCUCCACAUGUACAUAUAUCGUUAUCUAAUCUAAUCUGUUGUGAAACAUUGACGACCACAUCAUUGUUCCUACCCAAAGCCCGCCCUCUCCUCGAGACGAGUUUUACCCUGUUUUACUGUUGUAGACUGAUGUCCUAUUUAAACCCGG